GUAAGGACUGAAACGUAAAGACAAAGGAAUAAAGAAAACUUCAAGGUUCGAUAUGUAAAACUUACCAAACCGCACCCAUAUAUGCCGAGGACUCGACUUCGCCGUCUUCCUCACCCUUCUGCGGAGACAAUGGAGGAUGGAAUGAGGACAAGGAGCUUCAGGGACGAGGACUACAGCAACAGGAGGGCGUUCCUGCGGAGCUACCCGCUUCAGUGGGGAGAACAGAAGGAAGAAGAGGAAAGGGAGGGUUACCAGAAGGAAGCAGCGGCGUCGCGGGAGCACCAGGCCUCUCUCAAGACCAGGCUUGCAGUUGUGCUACAGUGGGGUGGGGCGACGCUCCUGCUCCUCAAGAGGUGGAAGAGGAAGAUUGGGUGUUACUCUGUGGCUUGCGGUCCUUUUGGGUUCAACAAGCCUUCCCACAAGCUGCUCCCGGUCUAGUGUUCUUCGCCCGCCAUCUUCCCCCGUGUCGAAGACCAGAUGUAGCUUCGUGAACACAUGGAGCAUGAUCAUGAAUCUGUAUGCUUGUUUUCAGAUAUUGUCUUUGAGGCUCCUUUUGUUGAACUUCGAUUUUUCUGAUGCU